AUGAGGUCAAAGCGAAAGUCAGCUGCCCAGAGAGCAGCAAAAGAAAAAGAUAAAAGAAAGUCAAAGACUGACAACCUUCCGAGUUUAGAGGGUGACUCGUUAAAUAACCCUGGCAUCUCAUGUUCCUUGUCGGGAACUAUGGCCAAAACUAACAAAGUUAGUGGCCAGAGGCUUGUCAAGUCCUCUUUAAAAAAGCUUGACACAGAAACAAGAACAAAAACAAGAACUGAAACAAGAACUAAAACAAGAACAAAACUGAACAAUGAAAUUGAAACAAGAACAAAAACUAGAACUGAAACAAGAACAAAACUGAACAAUGAAACAAAAACAAAAACAAGAAUUGAAACAAGAACAAAACUGAACAAUGAAACGAAAACAAGAACUGAAACAAGAACAGAACUGAACAAUGAAACAGAAACAAAACUGAACAAUGAAACUGAAAAGGAAAUGAGAACAGAACUAAUAAAUGAAUCUGAAACGAGAACAAAACAGAGCAGUGAAAAAGAAACGAAACUGAACGAUGAAACAAGAACAAAACUGAGCAAUGAAAACGAAACGAAACUGAGCAAUGAAGCAGAAACAACACGAAAACUGAACACAGCAAACCAAAAAAUGAACCAGAAACAAGAGUUCAACUGA